UCAAUCAUUUCUUCUCUGCAUUUCUCUCCUAAUUCUCUGCAGCUUUUACUUCUUUACUUCGUUUCUAAGCUCCAUUGCUUCCCUCAAAUCGUUCUUCUUUUAUUCUCUCGUAAGUUUCCUUUGAAUCUUUUGAAUUCUGGGGGUUGUCCAUGGCAGAUGUUUUUGUUUCUUCCCUUGUGAGUACCAUCUUAGGGAACCUCAAUUCUCUAGCUCUUCGUGAAUUUGAAAUCGCAAGUAAUUUGGAAACCGACCUUCAAGAUCUCGAGAGCACUUUAAGUACGAUUCAAGCCGUGCUUCAAGACGCAGAGCAGAAACAAUGGAGGAGCGAGGCCGUCAGGAAUUGGCUCAGAAAACUCAAGGAUAUCGCUUACGAUGCUGAUGAUUUACUCGACGAGUUUGCUGCAAAAGCUUUCCUAUGGAAAGCUCGAGAAAACAUGAGCAGCAAAGUAAGUGAUUUCUUUUCCUCUAAAAAUUCCACUGUGUUUACUUUCAAGAAGGCUCAUGAACUUAAGCAAAUUAGGCAGAGGUUAGAUGCUGUAGCAGAGGAGAAAAACAAAUUCCAUUUGACUGAAAAAGUUGGGGAUUUAGAAAUUGAUGAUAGGGAAUGGCGAUUGACUAGCUCGCUGGUCAAUGAAUCUGAAAUAUUGGGAAGAAAUGAGGAUAAAGAGAACGUAAUCAACGGGUUGUUUGGUAGUUCGUUGGAUAAAAAUGAUUUGUCCAUUUAUGCCAUUUGUGGUAUGGGUGGACUUGGAAAGACUACUCUUGCUCAACUGGUGUUCAAUGAUGAAAGGGUUGAAAGGGGUUUUGCUUUGAGGAUUUGGGUAUGUGUAUCCGAUGCUUUUGAAGUCAGAAGGUUGAUAAAAGCAGUUAUUGAGUCCAUUGAUGGUAGUCCUUGUGAUAUCGUUGAGCUCGACCCUCUGCAACGAUACUUGCAAGAAAAGCUGAGGGGGAAGCGAUUUCUUCUCGUAUUAGAUGAUGUUUGGAAUGAAAACUUUGAAAAAUGGGAUGGUUUUAGGAAUUCAUUGAACGUUGGAGCAAAAGGCAGCAUGGUCAUAGUUACAACCCGGAUCGAGAAAGUUGCUCUUAUCAUGGCUACUCUUCCCAUAUACCAUUUGGACUAUUUAUCGGAUGAGAAUUCUUGGUUAUUAUUCAAGCACCGUUCUGUUCUGAUGGAAAGCGAGGAGGGAUACAAGAGAUUGGAAAGCAUUGGAAAGCAAAUUGUUCAGAAGUGUGGAGGGGUUCCUUUGGCUGUAAAAGCUCUUGGAAGCAUGUUGCGGUUAAAGCGUAGAGAAAGUGACUGGUUAUGUGUUAAAGAAAGUGAGAUCUGGGAGUUACCGGAUGACGGGAGUGGCAUUUUACCUGCCUUGAGAUUAAGUUAUGACAAUCUACCAUCAUAUUUAAGGCAGUGCUUUGCGUAUUGUUCGAUAUUCCCAAAAGAUUGUGAAAUGGAUAAAUCUCAGUUGAUAGAGUUAUGGAUGGCAAAUGGAUUUGUUCCUUCUAGAGGACGUAGGGAGUUGCGUGAAAUUGGAGAUGAGAUAUUCCUCGAGUUAACUUGGAGGUCCUUCUUUCAAGAUGUUACUGAAGAUGAUGAUGGCACUGUGACCUGUAAAAUGCAUGAUCUCGUUCAUGACCUUGCAAUUUCGAUAAUGAGGUUCGAAUGUUAUAUGUAUGACAAAAACCAGUCGUUUGGGUCUCCAAAACAGAUUAGGCACUUACAUAUUCCCAUUCAACCAAUGCCUCCUUUCGGUUACGGAAGGAUUCUCUUGGACAAACAAUAUAAUCUCCUCAAAAGCUGUUCGUCAGUGCGGUCCCUCAUUCUUGGUGGCAUUGGCCUGACUAAAGCCGAUUGUCCUCUGAAACAUGUGAGAGCACUGGACUGCAAUAUGUAUCAAAUACCGAAGUCGCUAGGAAAGAUGGUACACCUGAGAUAUUUAAACAUACGUUAUCAGGGAAGCGCAUGCAUCGAUAGAAUUCCGAAAUCUUUUUGUAACUUGGUGCACUUGACGUAUCUAAACUUGUCUUACACUCGCAUCAAAAGAUUGCCCCAGUCUGCCAAUUGCCUCCUAAACUUGCAGAUUAUGAAACUCUCCUGCUGUCGCUAUCUUUGUGAGCUACCCCAAGGAAUGCAACAUAUGAGAAGCCUAAAGUGUGUUGAUAUCUCACAUUGUGAUUCUCUUGAGCAAACUCCACCUGGAAUUGGGCACCUGACUCAAUUGGUAGAACUGAGUAUAUUUAUAGUAAGGAAGGACCAUGGUUGUGGAGUUUGGGAGCUUAAAGAGUUAGACCUUGGAAAGGAGUUGUCUCUAAAGGAACUCGAUAAUGUGACAGGUUCAACUGAAGCCAAGAGUGCCAACUUGAUAAGGAAGCAAAAUCUCCGAUCAUUGAGUUUAAUCUGGGGAAAACAAGCAGGGGAAUUUCCAGAUAAUGAAGAAGAGGUUCUUAGCAGUCUCCAACCUCAUUAUAAUCUGGAGUAUUUUCGGAUAAGCUGUUAUCAAGGUUUAAGGCUUCCCAGUUGGUUGAUUGAUUUACCGAAUCUGGUCUCAGUUGAGCUUGACCUGUGUAAAAGAUGUUCACAUCUUCCACCUCUAGGGGAACUGCCGUUGCUCAAGGUUCUUAAAAUAAAGGGAAUGGAUGCUGUGAAGUGCAUUAGCAGUGAAUUCUAUGGAAAUGGGAUCAAUCCGUUCUCAUCAUUGGAGGAACUCUAUUUUGACUCAAUGCCUGUUUUGGAGACGUGGAAAACAGUUGAGGAAAGGGGAAAUUUUCCUCGUCUGCAAAUCUUGGUUUUCAGGAAAUGCCCUGAGUUGAUUGAAUUGCCAAAGUUUCCAACCCUCAAAAAGCUUCGAAUUUGGAAAAGGGGGAGCGGCUUAUCUAGUCCUUGUCUUGGUUCACUUGAGAUCGAUGACCUUUCUGGCUUGACAGUUUUUCCCAGUGGUUUGUUGCAAAAUCAAACACACCUUGAGGAGUUGAGGAUAGAAUCGUUACCUGACCUCAAGUCUCUGUCGAAUCAUCUGGAUAAUCUAUCUGUGCUGAAACACUUGCAAAUCUACGGCUGCCACAAGCUUGAAGACAUUCUUGAAGCACUACAAAACCUCAAUGCUUUAGAGAGUUUGGGUUUGGGUAGUUGUCACAGUCUUGUUUCGUUUCCUGGUAAUGUAAAUGGCUUAACUUCACUUCGUGUCCUGAAGAUUUUAGGGUGCGAUAGAUUUACCUCUUUGUCUGAUAGGGUCAUGCAUUUGACACAUCUUGAGGAAUUGUGCAUUUGGGAUUGUCCGAUGUUGAAUUCUUUACCGGCAGAAAUCCAGCAUCUAAAUGCUCUUCAAAAAUUGACAAUUAGUUGGUGUGACGGAUUUACUUCUGUUCCAAACCAGAUAGAACAUCUCACCUCCCUUUGUGAGUUGAAUUUCGAAUAUUGUAUUCAUUUGAUGUCAUUGCCUCAAGGGAUAAAGAGCCUCACAACACUCAAGAACCUAUACAUUCGGGGAUGCCCCCAUUUGGAAAAGUGGUGCAACGAAGGGGGAGGAGAGGGUUGGCCUUACAUAGCACAUGUUCCCCAUAUUCAAAUCUUUGCUUAUGAUAAAGCAUUGUACUCUAUGGGACGAAGAUCCCAUGGCAGUCUCUUUACAAGGUUUGGUGAUUGGACAUGUGGCAUAGCAAGUAAGUUGUUGAAAUGUAAGCUAGAGUCAUGAAUUCCAAGGUAAUGGACGAGUGAAAAUGCUGAUAUCUGGGUUCAACAUAAUCUGCGCCAUCUGUGAUUUAUGUUAUUUGGAUUCAUUCAAUUGUAGGUUUUGAGUAGAGUAUGUAUGAUGUGUUUAGUGUAGGUCUAUUCAAUAUUUUUGAGAUUUUUAUAUACAAAAUUCUUAAAAGAUCCAUGUUUAAAUGUUAAUAAUACUA